AUGUCCUUAUACGUUCAUGAGGCCGCCGGUGUGGACGAUGUCUCUGCCUCGGGCAACGAGCAACGACCCUUCAAAACUCCGUCUUAUGCUUUAUUUUCUUCGCGCGGUUCAGAUGAACCCAAGCUUCUAGUUUUUAAAAACGACGCCGAAAAGGGCGAUGGCUAUGUUGAAAUAUCUGCCAGUGCCUUGAAAAAGGCCCGUAAGGGUUGUGAAGGGCUCGUGAAGAAGCUGGCGAAACAAGCCGAGCUUGAUAAGAAGAAACAAGAGCAGGAGGAAAAAGAGGCUGCAAAGAAGCUCGAAGCCUUGAACAUUACUAUCCUUCAGGACACCUCCCUCCCUGAUGCCCAAAAAUGUAAGAUACUGAAAUCAUACGAUGCUGUGGACCAACGGGUUAAGGUCUCUGGUUGGAUUCAUAGACUGCGGUCUAGCAAAAACCAUGUUUUCAUCGUGCUGAGAGACGGCACCGGUUUCUUGCAAGCUGUGCUCACUGGCGACUUAGCGCUUGCUCACCAAACGUCUACUUUGACCUUGGAAUCUACCGUUGCCCUGUAUGGUAAAGUAUGUAAGCUACCUGACGGGAAGACUGCUCCAGGUGGCGUCGAAUUGCUCGUUGACUAUUACGAAAUCGUAUCUUUGGCUCCUUCAGGUGAAGAGGCAUUUACCAACAAGAUCGCUGAAGGUGCUGAUCCAUCAUUGCUGUUGGACCAGCGUCAUCUUGCGCUGAGAGGUGAAACUUUAUCAGCCGUCAUGAAGGUCCGCGCUACUUUACUCCGUUAUAUUCGUCGUUUCUACGACGAGGAAGGUAUCACCGAAGUUACUCCACCAUGUAUGGUUCAAACUCAAGUAGAAGGUGGAUCAACGCUCUUCAAAUUAGGCUAUUAUGGUGAGGAAGCUUAUUUGACGCAGUCCUCGCAACUGUAUUUGGAGACAUGUUUGGCGAGUUUGGGUGACGUUUACAGCAUCCAAGAAUCAUUCAGAGCCGAGAAAUCUCACACCAGAAGGCAUCUUUCUGAAUACACGCAUAUUGAAGCAGAACUUUGUUUCCUCGAUUUCGAAGAAAUGUUGGACCACAUCGAAAAGCUCAUCACUAAAACAGUUAAACGUGUGUUGGAAGAUCCCGUCUCUGGUCCGCUUAUCAAGCAAUUAAACCCUGGGUUUACGGCUCCAGAAAUGCCUUUCAUGAGAUUAGAUUACAAGGACGCCAUUACAUGGUUAGUCGAGCACGACAUCAAGAACGAGGAAGGAGAAGACUUCAAAUUUGGUGACGAUAUUGCUGAGGCGGCUGAAAGAAAGAUGACCGACACUAUCGGCGUUCCAAUUUUUUUGACUAGAUUCCCAGCAGAGAUCAAGUCCUUUUACAUGAAACGUUGUCCUGAAGCACCAAACGUUACUGAGUCUGUGGAUGUGCUAAUGCCUAACGUCGGUGAGAUUACUGGUGGCUCUAUGAGAAUUGAAACUACCGAAGAGUUGAUGGCUGGUUUUGCUCGUGAAGGCAUAGAUCCUGAGCCAUACUAUUGGUUUAUUGAUCAAAGGAAAUACGGUAGCUGCCCACAUGGCGGUUACGGUAUCGGUACUGAGCGGAUUCUAGCUUGGCUAUGCGACAGAUUCACAGUCAGAGAUUGUUCGCUAUACCCUCGUUUCACAGGUCGGUGUAAGCCAUAA